AUGUGGACGGAUCCAUGGAUUCCAGACCAUCCUCCUAGACCACCAAGGCCGCAAGGGGAAGUUCCAGUUGGAGAAAAGGUGAAAGAAUAUUUUGCUACUAAUAGAUCUCAAUGGAAUGAAGAGAAGCUGAGGGGAGUUAUUAUUCAUGAAGAUGUGGAACGAAUUUUUGCACUUAAGAUUAGCUCUACAGCACAUCAAGAUUUAAUGGGUUGGCACUACAAUGAAGAUGGCAUUUACACCGUCAAGUCUGGUUAUUGGUUAGCAUAUCCACAUAUCAGUUCGCCUGUGUUUGACCCUUUUGAUGAUUACAAAAGAUCUAUAGUUUCCAUCAUCAAUGAAUACUUUAGCUCUGGGGAUGUGGCAGUGGCUGCGUCAGACCUCAGAGAAAUUGGUCUGAGUGAGUACCAUCCUAGACUUGUUUCCACGGCCAUGGACAGGAACCAUAAGGAGAAGGAGAAGGAGAAGGCUUCUAUGUUACUUUAUGGGUUGUACUCUGUUGUUGUUUCACCUGAUCAAAUCAAGGUUGGGUUUAUCAAACUUCUUGAGGGCUCAGGUGAUUUUACUUUGGACGUACCUGAUGCUGUUAACCUCCUUGCUUUGUUUAUUGCCCGAGCCAUCGUAGAUAAAAUUCUUCCUCCUGUUUUUCUAGCUAGAGCAAAGAAGACUCUACCUGAAUCGUCUUGAAGGGUUUCAAGUUAUCUCUCGGCUCCUCACCACGCAGAGCUAGUGGAGAACAAAUGGGGUGAGAGUAUUAGAUGUAGGUUUCUAUAUCUAAUAGGGAGCACUCUCGUAACAACGGUUGAAGAAACAAAGAGAAAGAUAUCAGAAAUUCUGAAGGAAUACAUGGAGACUCGCGAAGCUUGUAGAUGCAUCAGAGAGCUAGGCGUCUCUAUUUUCCCUCACGAGGUCGUGAAGAGGUCUUUGGCAGCCAUGGAGUCUCCAACAUCGGAAACCCUGGUGCUAAAACUAUUGAAAGAACCUGCCGAGGAAGGUCUCAUCAGUUCGUGUCAAAUGGAUAAAGGCUUCUCCCGUGUAGACCAAGAUGCCUUCAAAGGAGGCUCUGAUCGAAUUGGAGGAGACUUACCACAUUACAAGAAGGACACGGUAACGAUAAUUCAAGAGUAUUUCCUCUCCGAUGACAUCCCUGAGCUAAUCCGAAGUCUUGAAAACUUAGGAUCACUUAAAUACAACUUAGUGUUCCUAAAGAAGCUCAUCACUCUUGCUAUGGACAGGAAGAACAGAGAGAAGGAGAUGGCAUCUGUUCUUCUCUCUGCUCUUCACAUGGAGAUGUUCUCAACAGAAGAUUUCAUAAACGGAUUCAUCAUGCUCCUCGAAUCCGCAGAAGACACAGCGUCAGACGAGCUUUCUCUGUUUCUAGCCCGAGCAGUGAUCGGUGAUGAUGUCUUGGCUCCGCUUAACCUGGAAGAGAUCUCAAGCAGCUUACCUCCAAAGUAAGGAAGUGAAACCAUCCGCUCAGCUCGGUCUCUCAUAUCCGCAGGAGAGAGACUCCUGAGAAGCUGGGGUGGAGGAACAGGCUCGACAGUGGAAGAUGCUAAAGACAAGAUAUGGAAAACUUCUGGAAGAAUACGAAACGGUAGGAGUGCAUACCGUGAUCUAGGGAUGCCGUUUUUCAACCACGAGGUGGUUAAGAAAGCUCUGGUAAUGGCCAUGGAGAAGAAGAAGAAGGAUGGGAUGCUAAAUCUCUUGGAGGAGUGUGAUAGAGUCUUGAUAUCAAGAACUCUAUGAACUCUUCUUAUUGAUCACUCAAGCACCGAUUAUGAUAUACCAUGGAUUUCACCCAUUAUUAGCCAUGGUAUAUAGGUGUUUUAAUAUAUAUUUACUAGGAUAUAGAGUCUAUUUAGAGUAUUUACAGGUUCAGGGACGAUUUGGAGGAAUGUGGUGAUUUUGGUGUCUUUUGGAGCCUUUUGAGUGCAGAGCUGCACAGACGCGUCAGAAGUCUAGAUAUGGAUGGUACCGUCCCACCGUUAGAUUGAGUACAUAUUUUGACACAAGAUAUAUCUUUAAGUUAUCUUUCCAAUGCCGCCAGUUUGAGGUCAAUCAGCAUCUUGUAGCAGAGGUUAUGUCCAUUUUACUGAAGAGUGGUCAGUGUGCCUCGCGAGAUGAAGGACUGUCGAUCGACGGUGCA